AUGGCCGACAACAUCAAUCACAGAAAGGCUAGAAACCCUCCGCCGCCGAGAAACCCCGAAGCAGAUCUGAAUCCCAUGGUUUCCAAGAAGAAGAACUUCACAUCGGCAACGUUCAGGGGCCUCGGCUGCGCCGCCUCCUCCCAGGUCUCUGUACCUGCGGCUAUACGAACCUCCGCCACUUGGGAGCCAAAGAGAAAAUCGAGAACGAAAAGGCUUAGCACUAGGAAAAUCAACGAUAAGCUACCUGUUGAUGGCAACCACCCAACUUCACAGUCUUCCCUUUCUCUGGCAUGCUCGUCCUCGUCUGAUGUUUGGUGCGGCCCCGCCGCGCUUAAUGAUGUGGAUUGUGUCGUCUCAACUAGGCCUUCCAGGCCCAAGCUUGACAGGCUUCUUCUUGCUCAGAGGGAGGGUUCAUACAACGUGAGGAGAAUGGCGAUUCCUGAAGACAACCCUUUUGUUGAAACUGAUGCUGGUUUGGGACUGGCUCGCAUUCGUGCUGAUGUCACAGGUUCUAGAUAUCAUCGCCAUGUCAGCAGGCAUGGUCUCCGUGAAGGACUUGCUGAGAUUGUAAUGCUCCAAAGCAACAUGCUGAUGGGAGGGAGACCAAACAGGGUCGAUAGAUACAGUGAUCUGAGGCUUGAUGUUGACAACAUGUCAUAUGAGGAAUUGCUGGAACUUGGUGACCAAAUUGGAUAUGUGAGCACUGGACUGAGAGAGGAUGAGAUAACUCAUUGUCUGAGGAGGAUUAAACUCGCAUCAUUUGAGAAUUUGUUGACACAUUUUACGUCUGAAAAUGAGAGGAAAUGUAGUAUAUGCCAGGAGGAAUAUGAAGAAAAUGAUGAGGCGGGGACUCUGAACUGUGGACACUCAUUUCACGUGUGUUGCAUAAAGCAGUGGCUUGGGCAGAAAAACACUUGCCCUAUCUGUAAAACAGCAGCCUCAUCCCAAACAUAA